CACCAUAUUCUAUAUGUUAUUAUAAACUCAGGUUAAUUUGACAUGAACCAUUCUUUUGCUAAUCAUUUACCUUCGUCUUCACAAAAGUUUCGAUUUUUGCGCCAUUUUCUGCGUCUUCUUCGGCCGGAAAAAAAGGUUUUUUUCCUUCCCCUGGUCGGCUACUGUUGAAAGUUUCUUCCCUUUCUCCUCUUUUUUCGCACCACCGCUUGCUUCGUCUCUUCAGGCGCGUGGGCCGCCAAGCGAAGAGCAACACAGCACAACGACCCGUUUCAAUCGGUAGUUCAUCGGUAAACCACUCGCGGUUCCUGGUUUCUGUUUCUGGUAUUCCGACGACGGCCCAGAUGGCGAGUGACGGCAAUAGCAUAGAGCCGUUUCUGCAAUACAUGAUUAGCCCUAGGAAGAAAACUCCUCCGCAGCUGUUUCCCUUGCCGGAGGACGACGAGGUCGCGAUUCCGAUGCCGAUGACUCCAUCCGAGUUCAAAGACCGGUUAGUCUACGGUCCUUCCCCUCGCUCCCCGCGCGAUUUGUCUUCGCUCUUCGAUGCCCUCUCUCAGAGACUCUCGCCGUCGUCCUCCGCCACCACAUCCUUCUCCGACUCCUCCGCCGUCGAGCCGCUCCUCGGUCCACUGCCGUCGCAACCCGAAUCGUCGUUGUUCGAGCCGAACUACAAAUGGGGCAACGGUCACCCUCUUCAUCGGUCCAAAACCGCUCCGGCGAUGGCCGUCAUCAACGAUUUGAGUCACCCAGUUGGAGAAACCCGGAAAAAAUCCGAUUCACGAUCCUUGGUAAGACAAGCUUUUGCUCUGCUCGUGGUGUAUCUAACGUUGGGGGUGCUCAUAUAUUGGUUCACUCGUGACAAAUACGUAGUUAACCAGACCCAUCCCGUUGUCGACGCCUUAUAUUUCUGUAUCGUGACGAUGUGCACCAUCGGCUAUGGCGACAUCACGCCAAACAGCACCGCCACGAAGCUGUUUUCAAUCUUGUUUGUUCUUGUCGGGUUUGGAUUCAUCGAUAUCUGGCUUUCUGGGAUAGUUAUAAAUGUUCUUGACCUGCAAGAAAGCUAUAUGUUGAAUGCUGUGAAGCCAGGGGACGAGCCACACAAGGUUAGAUCUUACAUAAUCGAUGUGAAGAAAGGGAGAAUGAGAAUUCGGUUGAAAGUGGCAUUAGCCUUAGUGGUUGUGGUGCUAUGUAUCGGAUUUGGUGUUGGGGUUAUGCAUUUCAUUGAGAAACUAGGAUGGCUGGAUUCCUUUUAUCUGUCAGUUAUGUCGGUUACGACAGUUGGGUAUGGGGAUCAUGCCUUCAAGACAUUGCCCGGUAGGCUUUUUGCCGCAGUGUGGCUGCUAGUGUCCACGUUAGCGGUGGCCCGAGCGUUUUUGUACUUGGCUGAGUUGAGGGUCGAUAAGAGGAGUAGGGAGCGAGUAAAGAGAGUUCUUCGUGAGCACAUGACAGUUUCUCAGUUUUUUGCUGCAGAUAUUGACCACAAUGGCUGCGUGAGCAAAGCGGAGUAUGUGAUAUAUAAGCUGAAGGAGAUGGAGAAGAUAAGCGAAAAGGACAUAGGACCGAUAUCGAGCCAGUUUGACAAGCUCGACAAGAGCAACAAUGGCAAGAUUACGCUCUUGGAUCUCGUGGAGACCACCCCCCAAUGAUCCUCCCCUGUACGUUUUUGUUUAUUGAACCAGUGUUGUCUUCAGUUUUCCCUGGUACUGAUUGGUUUAGUUGUACUUCACCACAUCCCAAUUCAUCACCUCACCCUCCACUAUGAUGAUGAUGAUGACGACGCCCAUGAUGGUGGUGGUGGUGGUGGAGUGGAGGAGAAAUUUGGGUAGUGAGGUUUGACGUUUGUACAAAAGCUUACCUUUUUCUAUUUCAUGUUGUCACAGCAAAGGCCUUUGAUCGAUUUGAUGUUUUGGAA